AUGGGGCGGCUCGCGAGGUCGAGGGAGUGGAGCGGCGAUGGGGAGCGCAAGUCGGAGCAGGAGGAGAAGGAUGCGGAGAGGACCAUGAUGAGGGCAGUGAUUGAAGAGGAUCUACUGAGAUUAUCACAGGAAGAACUCAUACUGAAUGUACAUUCAGCAGAUGGAUCUACGAACAUUGCCAAAACUAUGUACGAAAACUCCAGGAGCAAAACAAAGGACAGUAUCAUCACAACAAAUGAUGACCAUACACUGGAGGCAGACUUGCAUCAAGAAAUGCCAGUGGCCGAAGAUGGAGCAGGAGAAUCCGAUCCAUGGGACACAAACCUGAACGACAACAUCAAUCUGCAACAGGAGCCUAAAGAAGUUGAUCCCAGUGGAGCAGCGGCUAACACGAACUCUAGUACAGGCAGGGAUGAAGGAGAAAGAAAAGAACCAGAACACUCACUAGAACAAGAGGGAGAAGAUGAAUUCCUCGACGAAGAAGACAUUGAAAGAUUCCUGCAAAAUGAACAAGAAGCUGCGUCAGAGGGAAAUCUGAUGAACACUAGCAGUAAUUUCAAGCCUCAAUUAGGCAUGCAGUUCAAAACAAAGGAAGAAGCUCAGGAAUAUUUCAAUUUCUACUCGAAAGUGGCAGGAUUUUCAGUGGCUACAGUAGCAAUCUCAAGAACAUCAAGCAAAAAAAGGAACAAUGAGGUGACAAGGAUCACUAUGAAGUGCAACAAGUGGGGCAAGACAAAAGAAAUAGAUAAGGAAUGCAUAGUGCCCAUGAGAAAAUCUACAGUCAUAGCUAAAACAGAUUGUAAAGUCAUCAUGGUCAUAUCAGAAAAAGGAGGCAUGUGGGAAAUCACAAGACAACAACUAGAACACAACCAUGAGUUAACACCAAACAGUAGAUUCUUCAGGUCACAUAAGUACAUGUCGGAUGAAGAGAAGUGCUUGAUAAGGGUGUUGAAGCAUACAAACCUGGAAACAAGAAGGAUUGUAGCUGUCUUGGCUUACUUGAGAGGAGGAAUGGAUCAUCUUCCCUACACAAAGAAACAUGUCACAAACUAUGCAGCAACAAUUAACAGAGACAUCACAAACUCUGACAUGAUGGAAGUAGUGCAAAUGUUCAACAAGAAACAAACAGAAAAUCCUGGCUUUUGCUACUCGUUUGAGCUAGAUGGAGAGAAUAAAGUGAGGAGCUUAUUCUGGGCAGAUGUGAGGUCAAGAAUGAUGUAUGACGUAUGUGGAGAUUGCAUCAGUUUUGACACUACAUUCCUAACAAACACGUACAACUUGCCAUUUGCACCCCUUGUUGGCAUAUCCCCACAUGGCAACACAUACUUGUUUGCUUGUGCAUUCAUCGUCAAUGAGACAAAAGAAACAUUUGCUUGGUUGUUCGAACAAUUCCUGAUGGCUAUGGGAGGAAAGCAUCCUAUAUCAAUCAUUACAGACCAAGACAAGGCAAUGCAAGCAACAAUUGAAAAAGUCUUUCCUAAUGCUACCCAUAGGAGCUGCCUCUUCCACAUAAAGAAGAAGGCAGAGGAAAAAGUCGGGCCCUGCUUCCAAGCUAAUGAGGGACUCUAUGAAGACUUCCAGGACAUUGUGGACAACUCCUUGACAGUUGAAGAAUUUGAAACACAAUGGCAAGAAAUGAUAGAAAAAUACCAAGUUCAUCACAUCAAGUACUUCAACGACAUGUGGGAAAACAGGAAAAAGUUCAUCCCUGUGUACUUCAAGGACAAAUUCUUCCCAUUCAUACAAACUACAGCAAGAAGCGAAGGGACGAAUUCCCUUUUCAAAAAAGGGGUUGGAGCUAAAUUUAGUGCUACUAGCUUUUUGAGAGAGUAUGACCGGAUACUUGAUGUUGUGCAUGACAGGGAAGAAGAAUGCGACCAUCAUAGAAAGGCAAGCACAUGA